AUGACAUGGAACCCCUUCAAGGAAGUGUUCUUUAAGAGAUACUUCCCGACCUUUACACGUGAUGCUAAGGCGGAUGAGUUCUCUGUUCUGACAGAGGGAGACAUGACAAUGCAGGGUUGUGACAAUCCAGGUCACAAGGCUCGUGACUGCCGCACACCAAAAAGAGACACGCCUACAUCUAGUGUGAACCGAGGUGGUAAUAAGAUACCUCGGGGAACUAGUCAGGCGAACAUAGUUCUAGCGGUGGUAUAUUCUCUUACUCCAAUGGAUGCAAACCGUGCGAGGAAUGCAGUGACAGGGGCAACCCAUUUUUUUGUAUCUGUGAACUUCGUAAGACUGUGUGGGGUUGAGACCCAAGUUAUGAAUACGAGGUUAUAUGUACCUACACCAUUUGGGAGUGUAACGUCUUGUUGGAGGAUGUUAGGAGACUGCCCAGUGGAAAUUCAGAGAAGGUUGCUACCGGUGAAUCUUGUGGCAAGAAGCUUUCUCUUGGACGGAUGUCAAGGGUACCUAGUUAGCGUGAAGGACCCACCACGGGAUGAUUUGAGGCUCGAGGACAUUCGAGUGGUUAACGAAUUCCCGGAUGUCUUUCCAGAAGACUUACCCCGUUUACCUCCGGAUCGUGAGGUGAAGUUUGCGAUAGAGUUACUGUAG